GAAAUUUAGACAAGGAAGAAGAUGAGCAGACCAGGGGAUUGGAAUUGCAGGUCAUGCCAGCAUCUCAACUUCCAAAGGAGAGACUCAUGCCAGCGUUGUGGGGAGCCAAGGCCUGGGGAGAGAGGCGAUCAUUAUGUAAGGCCUGGUGGUCCAUCUUUUGGAUUUACAGGACCUGAUGUUAGGCCUGGUGACUGGUAUUGCUCCUUUGGCAACUGCGGAGCUCAUAACUUCGCUAGCCGUUCAAAUUGCUUCAAGUGCGGUGCUUCCAAGGAUGAUUCCUCUGCUGGAUUCGACCCCGACAUGUCACGAAUGAGAGGUUUUGGGUUUGGCAGUGGCAGCACUAGUCGCUCCGGAUGGAAAUCCGGCGACUGGAUUUGCACCAGGUCUGGGUGUAACGAGCAUAACUUCGCAAGCAGGACUGAGUGCUACAGAUGCAACGCGCCAAGGGAAUCAUCGGCUAGCAAGACUUCAUAUUAAUUAAUAAAUAAAUUUGAAUCGAAGAUUGCACUUUAAUUUUUGUCCGUACCGCUAUUUUCGUUCUUCACUUUGGAUAUUUUAUCUCUUUCUUCUUUUAAUUAGAAUUCAUGUAUGAAGACUUAAUUAAAAAUCAAGGAGAGAGAAAUUAAGAGAGCUACAUCAGCAUUUUGUGAGACUUGUUAAUUAUUAUAAUAUAAUAUCUAGUGUCAGUUUGUGUUUGAUUUCA